UCUAUGUUUGUUGUCUAUGGUCUAUGACUGUGUCUGUGAUUUGACCUGUGAGCUUUUAGACAAAUUCAAGCAGAGAUGGCCACUACGAAAAAUUUCAUCGGUAUUUUGAAAAAAACAAAUCUAAGCUAUACAGUGGUACAUCAGUUUAAGAAAGAAAGUGUUCAAUCACUCCAUAUCUGCAGAACAUGUAGUAAAUCAACCCUUGUCAGCCCAUAUUUGACAAGUUUUAGAAAUAGUGUUCUUCCUCAAUUCGAAGUUUCAAAGUAUAGAAGUUUCCACACAUCGUUUUCGCUAAACGCUAAAGAUUACUAUAAAAUCUUGGGGGUCAGCCAAAAUGCAAACAAUGCCGAAAUAAAGAAAGCAUAUUACAAAUUAGCGAAAAAGUACCAUCCUGACGUGAAUAAAGAUGAUCCGUCAGCAGCUUCUAAGUUCCAGGAAGUUUCGGAAGCUUAUGAAAUAUUAGGUGAUGAAACUAAACGUAAGCAAUUUGAUCAAUGGGGAGCAACAGCCGAACAAAUGGGGGGAAUGGGUGGGCCAUCAGCUUCUGGGAGAGCUUAUGGUCCUGACAGUUUUAGUCAAAGUUGGUCCUACCAAUCUUCAAUAGAUCCUGAGGAACUUUUCAGAAAAAUCUUCGGCCAAGCUGGAUUUGGUAAAGACAGUAAAAAUUUUGAUGAUUUUGCUGAUUCAACUUAUGGAUUUGGAGAAGCACAAGAGGUUAUAGUUAAACUUUCAUUUUCACAAGCGGCACGUGGCAUAAACAAAGAGAUCCUAGUCAAUGUUGUAGAUACUUGUCCUAAAUGUCAAGGUUCUAGAGCUGAAUUAGGAACAAAAGCUACACGCUGCAGUUAUUGUGACGGUACAGGCAUGGAAAGUGUUACUAGAGGACCUUUCAUCAUGAGGUCAACUUGUCGUUAUUGUCAAGGAACAAGAAUGUUCAUUAAACACAAAUGUAUAGAAUGUGAAGGAAAAGGAUCUACAGUUCAACGGAAGAAGGUUGUUGUACCUGUACCAGCAGGUAUCCAAGACGGCCAAACUGUAAGAAUGUCAGUUGGCCAAAAAGAAUUAUUCAUAACAUUUAGAGUGGAAAAAUCUAAUUAUUUCAAAAGGGAUGGAGCUGAUGUUUACACUGAAGCGGAAAUAUCUGUGGCACAAGCAGUUCUUGGUGGUACAAUAAGGAUAUCAGGAGUCUAUGAAGAUCAUACAAUACAGGUUAUGCCAGGCACAUCUUCUCACACGAAAAUUAGAUUGAGUGGUAAAGGUUUGAAAAAAGUGAAUGGAUACGGCACCGGUGAUCAUUAUGUCACUUUUAAGAUAAAUGUACCGAAGACUUUGAAUGAAAAGCAGAGAGCUUUGAUGCAGGCUUACGCUGAGCUGGAAAGUAACACUCCUGGACAAAUAUUCGGUAUGACAUCUAAAAAAGACGGAAAGAAAAUACAUUCGACUGAAUCCUCUCAAAUUCUGAACGCUAUAAGACAAAUUCUCGAAGGUAAGGAUGAGAACACCCCAAAAAACAACAUUAAUCAUCAUGAGAAUAGUAGGCCGAUAGAACAGACAGAAAAAGUAUCCAGUGGUACAGACAGGAAACGAAAUGCUUCUAAAUCUAAAAGUGUAAAAGAAAACGAAGAUAACAGCGAUUUGGAGGAGGCUAAACAGAAAGUAGCUUAAAAUAGCAGAUGAAUAUUGGAUCUUAAUUUUCAGUCGAAUAAAUUUUCUCAAGUUAAGUGCUUAUGUGAGACUGUAGAUUUUACUUUGUAUAUUGGAUUAAAUACGUUGAUGGAUUAAAUCUUGUUACUUCCA